GUUAGAAUAUGGAUCAAACUCUUCUUGGGUCUCCUUUGAUUUCUAGCUCAGAAAAAGGUCUGGGUUGCGGCGGAAAUGCAAGCACUAAAUGGUUUGAUAAAUCAGAAACUACUGCAGAGCUGAAGAGACAACUGCGUUUGGCAGGGCCUCUAGUUCUAGUAUAUGUUUUGCAAUAUAGUUUGCAGAUGAUAUCGGUUAUGUUCGUCGGUCAUCUUGGAAAGCUCUCUCUCUCCAGUGCAUCAAUGGCCUCUUCAUUUGCUGGAGUGACUGGUUUCAGCUUCAUG